AUGACGGCAAGCGGUGUGCUCUCCAUGCAAGCCCUUCUUUAUGCGGCUGGCUUGGGUGCAGGAUCGGUGCCACUGGCCGCUGCAAUAAACUGGGUGCUGAAGGACGGUCUCGGGCAACUUGGUGGUGUCUUGUACGGCACUUUAUUCGGGCCACGGUUUGACCGUGACCCCAAGCGACAGCGCUUCUGGUCCCUCGUUGCCCUCCAAGGCGCCAAUCUAACUGAGCUCUUGAUUCCACUCGUGCCUCACCUCUUCCUGCCCUUGGCCUCGGCGGCCAAUAUUGCCAAGAAUAUUUCCUUUCUGGCCUCUUCUGCCACUCGAGCUCAAAUGCAUGCUAGCUUUGUGCGCCGUGCCAACCUUGGGGAUAUCACCGCCAAGAUUGGAGCGCAGUCCAUCGGGGCCAGUGUCGUGGGCACCGCCUUGGGCAUUUUCGUCUCAACUCAUACUGGGAGUGAUGUGACAAAUAUUAUUCCAGCAUUCGUGCCCCUUGCGCUGGCAUGCCUCUACUUUAAUCAUUUGUCCUCGAAACACGUGGUGCUGAGCACGUUGAAUGAGCAGCGCCUGGAGCUUGCCAUGCACCCAUGGCUACAGGAUUUGGCGUCACCGGACCAAACGUACGGCCACCACCCACCACAAGGAUGUGGCGAAGCACUCAAACAGAAGGACGAUGUGGCUGACGUGCUGGCCACGCACUUUCGCAGCCAGGGAUGGGAUUUGUCGGCAUUUCCAGUUGCGUCACAUCGACCCUUACAAGUGGAACCCAGCACCCAAUAUCGGGAGAAUGCCGUGGCUGAGCCACAAACACGACCUCAACCCUGA